GCCGAUUUGAAAGCUUUGCAUAUCAUUCAAGACAAGAAGUGAAGCUUGUUUUGAAAAGCCUGGCCUAGUCGCCUUUGAUGGCUGCCAUGGCGGCAAUGUCAAGCGGCAUCAGGGUCAGCACCCGGCACAUGCCUACGCGAGCACAAAGCUUGGCCUCAGUUCGUUUACACUUUGAAGCAACGAGGACCUUCUCGUUUUGCCGCGCCUCUGCAAAACGCUCUGUUGCCGCGGAUCCCGCUUUUCGGCAAACUCAGAAAACUUUGACAUCAACUCAUGCCUUUUUCCUUGGGGGCAGCAUUUUGGCAUGGGGCCGAGGAAUGCCGCCAACGCUCGGGCCACAGAGUGCAAGGCAGAAGCAAUGUGUCAGGACCUACGCAGGGCAAAAGAAGGCGCCCUCCCCUAUCAAGGAGACACGAUGGAAGCGACGGCUGCAAGAGUUCAAGGAGAACCCGCACGAGGUGCGCAUCGUGCUGAAUGACGAGAAGUAUAUCAAGGAGGACGAUGCGAUUGCGGCGAUGGCGAAGAUGGUGCAAGCACACGGGCUCUACUGCCAAGCCUAUGCCAAGGGCAUGGUCAUCAUGAAAGAACCGAUGCCGAACUUUAGCACGGUCUUUGACCGCAAGCCCAAGCAGCGCAAGGUUGGGAUGUCGAUCCACACCGCCAAGCACAUCCAUGACAUCGUGUCAAAGGCGCAGGACAAGCGCAAAGAAAGGCUGGCCACAUUGGUCGGCUCGUCACAUAGGGAAGGCUCGAGGGGCACUUUGCAAGGUGGGGAUGUGGCGGAGAACGUGAAUAACCGGAAGGGGACAGAAACCUCGAAUUUUGGGAAUGGAAAGUUUGGGAUGGUUACUGGGGAGGAAGCUUCGGAAAACGGAAGCAGAGGAGCUGUUGAGGGGGAGAGUGAGUUGCAAAACGGAGGGGGAAGAAGCGAAGCGGAUUUGAGCAGUCAAAGCAGGGCGGAACAGACCGGAGCGGGUGCAGAGGUGAAUGCUGUGUUGAACUCAAGUAUGAGCGUUAGUAACGGCGCCAGACCGAUUGCCGAACAUCCUCCUACGGAGCCCUUGGCUGACUCGAUGCCAGGCAGCGGCCUGGUUUCGGAAAGCAGCUUAGACUUGUCGGAAAAGUUGAGGAGACUAGCCGCUCCGGACAAUGAGCCAGGGGCAGGCUCCGCACGCUCGACAAUGGAAGAGUUUGCAUCUACUUACUCUGGGGAAAGGGCAGAGACGAUCUCUGGGGAGGGUUUUGACGGUGAGUGGAGAAAGGAUUGGGAGAGACUGUUGGAAGGGGAAGGGUCCGAAGGAGAGGAGUCUGAAGGGGAGGGGUCAGAAGAGGCCUUCACAGCGGAAGACAAGAGCGAUCUGGAGCUGCUAGACGUUCUCACUGCAAACCGCAGAAUGAAAGUGAACGCACGUGUGGAAGGCGUGAGCCCCGGCGAGGCUCUCGACGGCCGCUCCAGGAGGGUCCGCCGGAAUGCCGCCCUGCAGGAGCUAGCGAAAUCCGUGGAGCGGAAAGGGGCGUUUUCGGACGGAGAAAACUCGGACGACGACUUUGUGGACAAGUCGCGGUGGAAGAAGGUCGAGGGGGGUCCGCACGACGGCGUGAAGAAUGCAGCACGGAAGUCGGUGCGGCGCGCGCUGCGCGAGGCGGAACGGAAUGUGGGCGGGGGGAGUUCCGUUUCGGGGACACCGGAACGAGAGGCCUCGUCUUCGACUGGAUUGGGGAGUUUGGGGUCAGCGACGGUGAGCUCUGGGACGAAUUACGGGUCCCCACCAGUUACAGCUGGGCAGGAGCCCUUGGUUGAGGGGAGUAUGAAUUACAUAGGGAGGGACUUGAGUCGAUCUGGGGGCUCGACUGCGAACGGUCUCGUUGCCAGCAACAGCAACACGGGCGCGUCAUCAGCUGGUCAUUCUGAUACUGACCUACCGUUCGCUUCGGAACAGAGAAGCGCUCUGUUCAGUGGGCACGAACGGGCAGCUUCCGGAAAUAGUGCCGGACCGUCGUCGAGAUACGGUACAACGAAAGAACAUUUGGACGCUUCGUCAAGAAGCGGUGCUCGUGAAUCGAUGGGGGUGGAUUCUGUGGAGGACUGGAAACAGCGGGAUGUCAAUGGCUGGAGCAAGGAGUCGCAUCCUGUCAACGAGAAUGGUCGAGGCACAGCGGAGCUGAGAGCGGCGCCGCCGAUCAUCGAGGCAGAUGACUACCUCUCGUCUAGCGUUGGCUUGGAGGACCGGGAGAUGGAGUUCCGGGCAACUAGAAGGGGUCGGCGGGGCGUCGAGCCGAUGCCGUUCGUCCGGGAGCGGACGCACCGGGAGCUGAACCGGGCGGAGAUUAUGCUGGACGGACGGAAACGGUUGCCGGCGUGGAACGUGCGGGGAGACCUGCUGCGAGCCGUGGUGAAUAACCAGGUGGUGAUUGUGUCCGGCGAGACUGGGUGCGGCAAGACGACCCAGCUUCCCCAGUUCGUUCUCGAGGAGGCUGACGCCAGCAUGAUGCAGUGCAACAUCAUCUGCACGCAGCCGCGGCGCAUUUCCGCCGUAUCGGUGGCAACUAGAGUGGCGAACGAGCGCGGAGAGCAGGUAGGAGACACGGUGGGUUACGCGGUACGGCUGGACCAGCGGCGGAGUGCGUACACGCGGCUGCUGUACUGCACAACCGGAGUGCUCCUACGGAUGAUGAUCAGCGACCCCGCGCUGACCCACGUGACCCACAUCAUGGUGGACGAGAUCCACGAGCGCGGCCGCGACGAGGACUUUCUGCUCAUCGUGCUGCGGGACAUUCUGCCGAAGCGACCGGACUUACGGCUCGUCCUGAUGAGCGCCACUCUGAACGCCCGCCUCUUCUCCCACUACUUCGGCGAUGCUCCCGUCAUGCACAUCCCGGGCUUCACGCACCCGGUGGAGAGUUUGUACUUGGAGGACGUGCUGCAACUGACGGGGUACACUCUGGUGAAACGGGAGAACGACAAGCGUAACCACUGGCGCUAUCAACUCUAUAACCCGCACAAGCCGCUGGAACUCAAGCCGGAGAUGUUCCCCGACUACCCCCGCCACGUCCAGCAGUCCAUCGCCCGCUUCAACGACGACGAGACCCUUGGCCCCGAUCUCGCCCUGGUAGAAGCCCUCAUCUGUCACAUCUGCUGCGGGAAAGGGGCCGGGAAGUCCCCCCGGGUGCUGACCGCGCGCGACCGACACCUCGGCCCGAUGCGCCCGUACAAAGACAUGGCCCCCGAGGGUGCGGUCCUGGUGUUUCUGACUGGGUGGGAAGAUAUCCAGGAUCUGAUGGAUGCGCUGAGGAAGAACCCGAGGUUGUCGAGGUUGGAGGCGCAGGGGAAGGUGCAGAUCAUGGCGCUGCACGGGCAGAUGCCGGGGGCCAGCCAGAAGCUCAUCUUCGAUCGGCCCCCGCCGGGCGUUCGAAAGAUCGUCUUGGCGACAAACUUGGCAGAGACGUCCGUAACCAUCGAUGACGUAGUCCACGUCAUUGACUGCGGGCUGGCCAAGGAGCACCGCUACGACCCGCUCAACAAGCUGUCCAGCCUUGACACCACCUGGAUUUCGAAAGCGUCCGCCAGGCAGCGGCGAGGCCGUGCGGGGCGCGUGCAGCCGGGGAUCUGCUACCACCUGUAUCCGCAGUUGAUGUACAACAAGAAGAUGGCGGACUAUGCGGCGCCCGAGAUGCUCAGGACGCCGCUCGAGGAGCUGUGCCUACAGGUGAAAAGCCUGGAGCCCAUCAUGGGCCCAACAAGCAUCGAGAGCAUUCUGUCCCGCGCCAUGGAGCCCCCCGACAAGCGCACCAUCGCGAUCGGGGUCAAGAUGCUGCAGAGUAUCGGGGCGGUUGACCGGGAAGAGAACCUAACCCCCCUCGGCAAGCACCUCUCCGAGCUGCCCAUUGACCCCCGCCUGGGCAAGAUGCUGUUAAUGGGCGCCACAUUCCAGUGCCUGGGGCCUAUUCUCACCAUUGCUGCGGGGCUUUCACACAAGGACCCGUUCUCCGUGCCCGGGACGCACAAGUGGGCGGCGCUCGAGGCGAAAUUAGCGCUGGCGGGAAACACGGAGUCGGACCACGUGGCACUCGUGCGUGCGUUCGAGGGGUGGACGCGCGCAAGAGCGAGGGGGAUGGAGCUCGACUUUUGCAAGGAGUACUUCUUGUCGAAUGCGACGAUGAACCAGAUCGACAUCCUGCGGCGGCAGUACGCGCGCAUUCUGACGGACAUGGGCUUCGUGGACCGCCAGACGGGCUGGGAAGCGUACAACGAAUACGCUGCGGACACGUACCUUGUCCGGGCCGUGCUCUGCUCCGGCCUCUACCCGCAGAUUGUCGCCGUAAACCGCGACAAGGCGUAUGGGCGCGUGACGUACACAUUUAAGGACAUGGACGCUGCUGACGUGGACAUCCACCCGAUGUCCGUCAACCACAGGCGCAACGAGUACAAGAUGCCCUGGAUGGUCUUCUCCAACAAGAUCAAGACGGCCAAGAUCUAUGUGCGGGACUCCACUCCCGUGUGCGACCUGUCGCUUGUCGUCUUCGGCGGUCACAUUGACAGCGAAGAGGGCUCAGGGCUGCUCAAGAUGUUCGAUGGCUACGUCAUGUUCACAAGCGACCGCCUCACGGCGACACUGAUCAAGGGCCUGCGGAACGAGCUGCAAGCGUUGCUACAAGCAAAGUUAGUCAAUCCCCGUCUGGACAUCCGGACGGAAGGGCUCGAGAUCAUCGAGGGAGUACGGGACUUGCUGCAAAGCAGCGUCAGCAAGGGAGGGUUUGGUCACGACAUGAUAUAGUGAAGGUUUGCAGCCUUCUCUUGUUCCACGCGAUUCAAAGCGGACCGUCAAACUACUCGAAGAUUGUUGUGUCAAGUCGACCGUUGCGCCCGUCACGGACCCGUCUAUUAAGGGCCUGGGCUAGAUAAUGUUCACCAGUCGAUAGAUCUUGGCAACGGAGUGACACUCGUUAGGCGGCAGGCCAGACCUUGGCACAGCUCUAACAUAUUGAUCAGUCCGAGUCAACACCCUGGACAUUCUGGGGCCAUAAAAUGGGGUCUAUGCCAGC